CCUUUACAUGUCUUUCUCCAACUAAUUUUUCUUCAAUCUCACCCCAUCUACCCUCUCUCUCUCUCCUUCUUUCUCUCCAUCCUCCGCCCAUCUCCGGCCGUUCCGCCUAUUCUCUCGUCGUCCGUACGCCGCAAUCCGUCGUUUGAGUUUCCGGCCACCGGUUUUUGGAUCCAAUUUCACUCCUUAAAAACCUAACCUCACACCCCUUCUCUCUCUCUCCAUUAAUUAUUUCUUUUUUGUUGUUGGUACUUUUUUUUUUCCUCUUUCCUUGUACGAAGACCCUUUCCUUUCUUGUCGUUUUUAAAAAACGUCUCUGUAGUCUGAUUUUACCUUUUUAUCCCUACCCGUUACAAUUGCUCUCUACUGUUUUAAACUCUCCUGGUUCGUUGUCUGAAUUCCCCUUUUUACCCCCUACGAGAGUACGCCUCCCCAAAAGCAAUCCAAAGCUGAUUUUACGCUUUCACCCCUUUAAAAAUACCCGAUGUGACGAUCUUGCCCCUCAGGUUUUACUUCGUUUAUUUUAAUAAUUUAUUUGUGCUGACGUGGCAGAAAUAAAGGACGCAAGAUGAGUUGCCACUCUCGUCGGAUAUUGACACCUGGGCCCACCCGAAAGCGAAAAGAGAGAGAGGCUUCUUCCUUCUACUCAUCCUUAAAACCGUCGGCUCAGGCGAAGGCUCAAGCCGCGGUUAAGCUGGAUCAAGCCGGUAAGAGAGCCGACGAGCCGAUGUCGUCGAACCGGCUCUUAGCCGGCUACAUGGCAUACGAGUUCCUGACGAAGGGCACACUAUUCGGGCAGAAGUUCGAUCCGGCUCGAGCCGACGCUUUCCCAGUCAGCGGCGGCGCGGGAUCGUCGGCUGAGCUGAAGAGGUUGAAGCCGGAGCCAGCCGAGCCGAGCGGGAAGAAGAAGGUGGCGAAGGAGCACGAGAGUUACGCUGAGGUGGCGAGCAUACUGAAGACGCCUGGGGCCCACAUCCCGGGGAUUGUCAACCCUACGCAACUCGCUCGGUGGAUUCAGAUGUGACGUGUACGGUUGUCGUGUGGGAGAUGUGGUUGCAUACUCGACGCGCCGGGUAGCGAUUGUGUGGAGACUGGUGACGUGGCGUCUUCUCAUUGGCAGAUGAUUUUGGUUUUUUUUUUAAUCCGGUUCGAACUGUUAGAACCGCUCGAGUUGCAUAUUUCGGUCAUCAGAUUCUUGCACGUCAAGGCUUCGUCGACCUUGUAACUUUGGGGGUUUUGGUCCCCUUGGC